AUGGCAGCUGCCCCGCUAGAGAGCUCUAGCACCCCGCCCGACAUCACCUCAACCGACACGACGCGUCCCUUCGGCGAUUCCAUGGAAGAUAACGACCCUCAAUCUACGCGAAAACGUCCCCGUCUCGACAGUGGAAGUGGAGCGUGUGAGUCCUGGACUGUUCCCAACGACACUUCCGCUUCUCAAAUUUCCAACCACAUCACCGAUGCUCCUGCCACUUUGGGCGUGGAAGCUUCCCCGUCGUCUCGUCCGGCCAGUCGAGUGACCAUAAACGUGAAGUCUCCGAUCUCAGACAUCAUGGCUCCCACCCCUAGCGAAUCACCGACAAAGCAAGCCGGUCCCACUUCAGCAGUUGCUCCCACCGAUGGGACCGGUGUUGACGCGCCCGCGGCGAUAUCACUUUCGUCUUCACCUGCGCAGAGUCCCGAAAUUGAAGUGGCGGACCUGGAAGAUAUGGAUCAGGAUCCCAAUAUGUCGAGUUGGAAACCGUUAGGAGAGGCAAUGCGGGAGCCGGCAACCCCGGAGGUGGUCCAGCUACACAACCAGCUGUCUUUGAUAGACACGUUCCCUAAACUCCGUCCUGGGACAGACUCCCGGGAGAGCAUGGAAGAGAUUAGUGUAGUCCUUGAGAAAGGCUCGGAGCUGGAUACCACCAUCUUCAAUGCCGUGAAGGCAUGGUUAGACGAGGUCGCGAACAAUCUCAAUCAGUUGACGUAUGCAGUCCUAGCAGAGGACCGCGACGCCUGGGAAGAGGUUCCGAGCAUGAUAGAUGGCUUGCUACGCCGGGUGCAGGUGCUCGUACCGGAUCAAGGCGAGCUUUUGUGGGCUUGCUUGGAAGAAUUCUUCCUCAAUUAUGCCCAAUUGGCCCUUCACCUCCUCCGCAUCGAUACCCUGCGACUAAAUCAGGCAGUCAAGGACCCAAAUGUACAGCCACCAGAACUGUUUUCGAAGGGCUACCUAUCGUCGCUAGGAUGGAUACUGCAGAUUAAUUGUAUUCCAUUCUUCCGUGCCAUGGAGAAGUGCUAUGGCAUUGAAGUUCCCAAUAUGGUCACACGUAUCAAUGAUAAACUCGCCGCGCCUUCCGUUGACAUCGUCAAGCGAGUGUCCGAAUUUGCAGCUUGUCUCACGAGCUUGGUAACUCAGUGGCCAUACUUUGCACAGCCCUUGAUCUCAGUUCUUACUAUUGUGAAUAACUUAGUCGAAUCGGGCAUCGAACGACGCAAGUACCUCGUUGAUGAUGGGCUGAUCAAUUCUUCUAUCUACUGCCGUACCCUCAAGGCGGUCUAUCCCCUAAUUCGAGCCUUUGACGACCAUUAUCAGACCCACAUCACGAAGAAGUCGUCUUGGGUAUCCAGCGAGACCAGCGAUGCUUUGCUUCGCGCUCUCUCACAUACAUAUCUGAACUUCUGCCUCUGGAGUCCGGAGUGGUUGGAUCAGAUCGCGGAGGAUCUUUCCAUACAGAUCCCAGUCGAUCUUCCCCCAGACGUCCCAUCUGAAGCGCGGGCUUACAUGGUAUAUUACGGCUGGAAAUUCGCAGUGCUGAAGAAGCAUAUCAUGGAUGGUCGGAUGGAGCUCCGGGUGCACGGCAUGGAGACGAUGCAGUUCGACCUUGUCACUGUCUAUCGACAGCAUAUUCAGCAUAACCCCGAUGGCAUUGACCACCCCAUCGUGCAGUACCUGGUCAAGUUCUUGCGACAAAGCCAAAUGGUUGAAUAUAUCGUUGGUAUCGACUCGCACCCACAACUAAUCAGCAGAAGUGGGAACAUUAUCGGCUUCUUGAUCGUGACUACCACAUACACCGAUGCUGAUACCGACACGAUAUGGAAGACGGUCACAGAGAGCCCGGAUUCGAGAGCUGUGUCGGAAGUACUGGGCAUGUUAUCGCGAACCUUUCACAUGCACUUAUCCACGUCGCCAACGUUGCUGUACCUAUGCUCCAAGUUGUUCGAUCUCCCAUUGAGUCGCUUUGAUACACGAAUGAUUGAUUUUUGCGAACAAUUGCUCUUUGCGAUGCGCGAGAAACACAGUGAAGGAUAUCGUCACGAGCUCACGGAGCAGGUGGACGCUAUCCCGCUACGCCUCUGUGUGCGCCUUAUUCGGGAAAGUGCUGCUACUAAUGAGCUGUCCGUGGACCACAAAGCCCAGCUACAAAAGUUCGCCGCCUCGCAGAUAAGCGCUUUCAUGGACGUGGGUUUGAGCGAAUUUGACAAAAUGGAAACCUACGAGAUUUGUGUCAUGGAUAUAGCCAAGAUGAAUGAGUUCACGGCCGGUAGUAUACAGGCACUGAAUGCGCUUCUUGCGAACAAUGAUACUCAGAGCGUCCGCAAGCUUGCCGAGGAUUUCAAUCUGACGCGUUUGCUGGUAUUGGAACUCGCCCAAACUGUGAACAACAAGCAGAUUGAUUUCGCGGAUACUUUUUCUUGGAAUGGCUUCCUCUCACGCAUUCAGCUGCUGGCUCGGAUCAUCGAUAGCGUUCCUGAAACUAUAACGGCUGAUCUCAGCGAUAUUCUGUGGCAUGAGGUCUUCAUGUCCAAGUCGCUUGUGCAGCAAGCCCGACGAGUCCUCUGGGACAGGUUAUGCGCUCUGACUCGAUGCUUCGUACAAGCCAACCCGUUCAUCGAGCGAUGCCUCGACGAGUAUCUGCCCAAGCUCUCGCCGACGGAGGACUAUUCACCGGAGGUUCUCUACUUUGCAAAACAUGCCAUUAACUAUGAAAUCCGCUUCCACCCUCCUCCAAUCGCUGGCGAGAAUGAGGUCGUGGUCAUUCCAGGUAUGGAGCGGAUCUGGAACAUGAUUUUAACCGCACUGCCUGGUACGAUCGAGGCAGACGCUAUCAGCUACGCCAUCGAAGUAUAUCUUGAUCAUAGCGUGAUCAAUCGCUCUCCUCGCACGGCUGUUGAAGCAACACAUAUUGCGCUGGUUGAUCGCUGCGUUGAACAACUCAAAUCUGCUGCUUCUAACCUGCACUCGGCACAUGCAGAAAAUGACCGACCCAUGGAGGAGUCGGCUCGCACUACCAUGUCCGAGUCUGGCGUUCACCCAGAAGAGCUAAGGUUUAGCCGGUCCUUGCUUUUCCUGCGCCAGUUCCUUCAGGGUUUGAGAAGCCGUCCACAGUACAGCCCUCUCCAGGACUCAACAUCCCUGGACCUACCGAGUAAAUCUGUCAAGGGCGAAUUGAUCAGUAUUCGUUACCAGGCUUUCAAUGGCGGUACACAAACCAAGGUGAACGCGUUGCAGAUUGGAGAUCUCUCGACCGCUGCGGAGCUCGUUGAUACUCUCGUUCGUGUUACUGGUUUUACCAAGCUGAAUACUAUAUUUGGAGGCCAACGGAUCGAUUUGCUCGAAAAAUCGGACACUACUUUGCGGGAUCUGAAGCUCGGAACUGGCCUCCUUAUCGUUCAGCGAGAUCCUGAGAGUCGAGAAGUAGCACUUACAGGAAGGCGUCAGUCUAUGACUUCGGUGGAUUCUGAAGUGCUCAAGCAUUUUGAUGAUCUUUACGAUCUUCUGGGAAUAGAGGAGCAUCUAGCGCGAGAGAUUUAUGAUUUUCUUACUGUGUUCCCGCCGCAGGAGAGAGUCUUGCAGCUGGUAAAGUCUAUUGACAGGACUGAAGACGAUAUGUUUCCCAUGGACAAACCCUAUUACUAUCUAUACUCAGUUCAUGCGCUGUCUGUAUGUCUGCGCGAAGAGGCUUUGGAGUCCUCCCCGAAUCAAGACUAUGUUUCUCAUAGCAUCAAAGUCCUAGUUUCUGCCUUAACACGUCCCGCGAUGUCCAUUGCCUUUGAUGAGAGCUCUAUAAAACUGAUGUUCGCCACGCAUCUCAUUGAAUGCCUACUCCACGCACUCUUGGUGCAACCGGCUCGUGCGUCCGAUGUUCCGUUGAUCUCGGAUGCCUCUGCUUUGGCCCAGAAAAUCCUCCAUUGCAUAGACAUUUCGAGAAGAUUGCCUAGCGACCGGAUUCCACAAGCUAGCGUCUUCAAAUUAAUCUGCCACUCCUUCGCCGUUCUCACGGAAGGAUCUGUACGUGAUCUCAACUUCUGGAACGCAGUCAAGCGAUUCGCAGAUUUUGAUGCCCUCUUGGUCUCGCUUCUGUUGGACGAGUCACGUCAGCCCAUCCGGAAGGGCAUUGCAGAGAACAUAUCUGUUGUCUGCAGCCCUUCAUCGCUGCGGAAAAAGCAAUCCACACCUGCUUGCACAGACACCCAAGAUUUGCUCGAUGCCUCGGACUUCGAGAAUCCUAUCCGGAUGGAUAUCUUAGCUACAAUCUGGGAUGCUUUAGUCAAGACUUUUCCGAAGACCCUGGAUCAUGCGCCUCAUUCCCACGAGUUCUUUGAAGUUGCCUAUCUAGUCUUCCGUUCCGUUGCUGAAAAAUCACCACAGGAUCUGGUAUUCAGCCAGUAUCUCAAGCAGUGGAGUCAAAUAAUGCUACGCCAUAACACAGAAGAGUUCGUCGGGCGCGAACUUGUGGACAAUCUGAUUCUCGGUUUUUGUCGCCUGCUCAAAACGUGCCUCGAUCUAGCGAACAAUACGGCGACCACGAUAGACACCUUCGAUCUUGCUGAGGAGCUUUUCGACAAGUAUCUCUUCCCUGAUCUAUCAUCGCCGUCAGACGAGCCAAUUGUCCCCCAGAUCCCUGUCAUGCACACAGAAACCCGCCAGGAGUUGUACUCUAUUCUUGGUCAACUCUGCUUGAUCGACAACAAUUAUGCUAAGUUGGUGGAUCGACUCCUGGAUCUCAUUCCGCAGGAUUACACGUACUCUAACUCGUGGUGCUUCGAGCGCUUCAAGCUGAUUCGCUCGCCGGAGGGUUAUGCAGGUCUUAGAAACUUGUCGAAUACUUGCUACUUGAACUCUCUUCUUACCCAAUUGUUCAUGAAUGUUGGUUUUCGUGACUUCAUGAUGCGACUUGAACUCGAAGACCCAGAGACAUCACAGAACCUGCUUGAUGAGACGAAGAAGUUGUUCGCAUACAUGCAAGAGACGUGGACGAAAAGCGUCGACUCACAAGGGUUCGUUGACACCAUCCGUACGUAUGACAACGAAUCAAUCGAUGUUACGAUUCAAAUGGAUGUCGAUGAGUUCUAUAACCUAUUAUUCGAUAGAUGGGAGGCUCAAAUUCUCAGGUCAGAAGACAAGAAGAAAUUCCGCUCCUUCUACGGUGGUCAACUUGUACAGCAAAUCAAGUCCAAGGAAUGUCCCCAUAUUUCUGAGCGGCUUGAGCCAUUCUCGGCCAUUCAGUGUGAGAUCAAAGGCAAAGCCACCCUUGAAGAGAGCUUGCAGGCCUACGUCGAAGGAGAGAUCAUGCAAGGAGAUAAUAAAUACUCCUGCACAUCCUGUGAUCGUCAUGUUGAUGCAGUCAAACGGGCUUGUCUGAAAGACGUGCCCGACAACCUUAUCUUUCACCUGAAGCGCUUUGAUUUUGACAUGGUGACAAUGAUGCGAAGCAAGAUCAACGACGAGUUCAAAUUCCCGGAACGUAUCGACAUGAGUCCUUACAAUGUCGAAUAUCUUGCCGAUCAGAGCACGGACUUACGAGAGGACAUGUUUGAAUUGGUAGGAGUUCUCGUACAUAGUGGCAAUGCCGAAUCCGGUCAUUAUUAUUCGUUCAUCCGUGAGAGGCCGACGGCUGAUAACAGGGCACACUGGGUCGAGUUCAACGAUUCGGAUGUCAGUCGAUUUGAUCACGGCAAGAUUCCAGAUCAAUGCUUCGGCGGUGUCAACGACUCUCUUGGACCCUCUUCAAUAGGUCAGAUGCGAUUCCAAAAGAACUGGAACGCUUACAUGCUGUUUUAUCAGCGCGUCUCAAGCAUGGACUCAGAAAGAAUGACAUACAAGCCCACAAGACCUCAGCAUUCAGUGCAAGUUCAGUUGCCGACUCCGCUCGCGAACCACAUCACCAUGGAGAAUGAACUGUUCAUACGGACAUACUGUUUGUCGGAUCCAUACCAUUCUUUCUUUGUUCGGUUUAUGCUCUCCCUUCUCCAUGAGUCCCAGGACCCUAGGCGUGAGGAGAGAUUGAAAUUGGACAGGCAGAUGAUCACCAUUGCUUUGGACACGUUUGAGCAACUGUUGACCCGUACUAGAGAUCUUUCUCAUCUUGAAUCCUUUGUGGACGAGAUUCAGAGGAUCAUAAGUGAUGUUCCCAGGGCCGCUCACAGGGUCAUGCAGUGGUUCAUGGAGAGACCAUCGGCAGUCCGCAAUUUGAUCCUAAAAGGCCCCCAUCCAGCCGUCCGAAAUAGUACAACAAAGAUCAUCAUUUGCGCGCUGUCGAAACUCCAGGAACUUCAUCAAAAAGCCGACAAGGGGAGUAGAGAGCAGGAAAAGUGGUUAAACCGUUACUCGGACGCCUUUGAGUCGCUGAUUAAUACCCUAUAUGACCUCUGGCCCGCGCUUCUCACGGUGGGCAAGGCCUGGGAUGACUAUUUUGAGCUUCUCCUUCUCCUUGUCAGCUUCGGGAAUGACGAGGCUGGAAUUGUCAUCAAUAGCGGUUUUUUGCAGAAAUGCCUGGAGCUCGUAUGGAUCGACCACGAAGACCUGAAGCGCCUCCGCCGUCAGUAUCUGGCAUACUGCAAACUUUUAGAGAAAGGCCGCAGGUUUUCGCAUCGGAAAAUGACGGAUCUCCUGGCAGCUCUACUGACACACCUCAACCUCACCGUGAAGCCGGACGCAGAUGGUAGGCGGCGGUUGCUUUCAGAUGGAAAGUACACUCUCACUGCCAUUGAAAGUGGUCUCGUUCGACCGGUGGGUAUGAAACAGGAGUUACUGGUGCUACAAAAGAUUCUUCAGCAAUACAGCAGUCCGCAGGCUUGCCGAAAAAUAGUUGGUGUGUUUAUCGAUGCGGAGCCCGCUGCAGGCCUUCUCAAUGCCAUCUGCAGAACGUUAGAGGAAGGUCUAAGGCUUUCUCCUGCAGAAAAUUGUACUCCUUACUUGGAGGCAACUUUAGUCUUUUGUCGCCAGUGUCCGAACAAAGACCGAAUUGCUGGGUUGAUCGAGUAUGUGGCGAAGGGCAUUGAAACCAUCAACAAUAGCGGGGGGAAAGAGCAUCUCAACUUCUUCACAAGUGUCAUGGCCAGCAAAAACGAGCGCAUCGGGCUUGAUGAGACUUGGUUUUUGACGCAGCUCAUAGACAGGAUUCCAGACUGGGCCCCUACCUUACUCAUUUACCCUGAGAGGGCUGUGAGGAACAUGACCUUGGAGGUCCUUCGCCAGAUCUUGUUCAGUGCCCAGGAGGAUAUGGGCGAAAGUUGGGAAGCGCGUCAAGCGGAAGUCGCCAAACAACUGGUGAAUGCAAGCCUUGAAAGGUUGCGCAAAUUAUGUCAGGAUGGACCCGAGACUGGGAUUGAUACCAAGAUUCUCGACUGCAUUCGGACUGUUAUCGACCAUUGCCUUACCACCUAUUACGAUAGGAGCGAUGAGGACCAAGAUUCAGUCCGUCGCACACGUGAAUUCAUUGCAACUGUUGAGGAGGUUUUGGCCGAGCUGCCGGAGGAAGUAGCUUCAGAGUCUGAUGCAUUAUCUGUAGAAGAAUGGGAGGACAACUCCGUCAUGGCAAGCGAUUCCGAGAUGGGCCCGAUAGCCUCUCCCUGA